UCGAGUACAAUCAACCCUAUGCACGUACUUCCCAACUUCAUUUUCAAAGCUAAAUGGAGGAAUAUAUCGCAGCUCGGGGGGUGGGCUCCGAUUCAUGAUCGCUCGGCUGAGCUCAUCUCUUGCGUACAUGAUGGGCUUCGUGGCUUCCAAAGCCGACCAAUGGAAAUGCAUCCAUCAACGGCGUCACAUCUCUCUCUCACACUCGGGUAUCUGCCCUACCUCGAAAACCUGCUGCUGCUGUUGCCGGUGUCUCCAUCUCCGUUCUCUACGAAUGCCAACCAAAACAGGCAUCGCCCCCCGCGCCCUUAUCCCUUUACGUGUAUGUGUAUAUAUAGGCAAUAUUGACCACCCAAAGUAGCAAGAUCAACCCAGACGAAACCCAAAAACCCCAGCCAUGAAACCCGGCAACCGCAGACUGCUUCCGAACGGCGGCAGCCCCACCCCACCACCUCUCCCGGCAGUACCGGGCAAAGCCGCCGCCCAGCUCUACUCGUCCUCCAAUUCCAUGGCAGUGACGGCGCUCAUAAUCCUCCUCGCAGUCUUCUUCUUCGGCUUCUUCUCCGUCUACGCCCACCGCUUCGUCUCCGGCCUCCGCCGCUCCGAAGCCCGUCGCUGGCGCGCGCGUCAGCAGGCGGCCCGCCGGCAGAGGGGAAGUCGCUUCGAGGCCGCCUGCGGCCUCGACCCCUCCGCGGUACUCGCUCUGCCGGUUCUGCGCUACGUCGGCGCGGGAGAGGGGGUAGGGAAGGAAGGGUGCGUGGUCUGCCUCGGCGAGUUCGAGGAGAAGGAGUGGGUGAAGGUGAUCCCCCGGUGCGGCCACGUGUUCCACCCGAGCUGCAUCGAUGCGUGGCUGGUGUCCCGUGGGUCGUGCCCGAUCUGCCGCUGCUCCGACGUGAUCGCCUCCUGCUCGACCUCCAGUGUCCUCGGGUUGGAGGCAGAAGGAGCGGCAGCAAAGGAGGCAGGUUUAGGAAAGAGGAGCUGCAGCUGCCGCUGGAGGGGAGAUCAGGGAGCGGAGAAGGAUAAGAAGGCAGAGGUGUACCUGCGGCGCACCUGCAGCUCGUGACGGAGAGAAGUACGUGUGUUGGCAGACUAUGUAAGGUGCGUGACACGUGUGCGCUUCAAAAGCAACGAUCUUUCUGUCUUGCAGUGCUCUUGUUUCUGCUGCUUUGGCGGUGCUGGUGGUCUUCUAAACAUCUUCCGAUGACAGCAGAAUCAAUCAUCAUUUGCAGGCGUUGCUAUCGGAAGCAAAUCGCCCGCACUCUGCAACGUGUGCAAUUUACGCCCGAUGUGGACUAGUUAUUUCUAAACCUUUGGGUCAAGACAAAACAGCUAUGAUAAACAUCAUCAUGUUUGUAAUCGUUAUCAUUCAUCAGUUUCAUCAUCAUCAAGUUCAGUUCA